AUGAGGUGUGGUUUCAGGGAGAAAUGGUGCUCUUGGAUAGCGCAUUGCAUAUCUUUGGUUCGCUUCUCCGUUUUGGUAAAUGGCUCUCCAGCUGGCUUUUUUAGUAGCUCUCGUGGGUUGAGGCAGGGCGACCCACUAUCUCCUUUGCUCUUCUUUAUUGUCAUGGAGGCUUUGAGCAAAAUUAUCACUGCUACUGUUGAUAGAGGUUUUCUCUCAGGCUUCUCUGUGGGUUCUAGGCCUCCAGCCGUUUAUCUUGCUAAGUUUGUUUUGGUUUCGGUGGGUAAUGUGGACAACAUGGGUGAGUUGACUGGCAUCUUAGGUUGUGGGACCUCUUCUCUUCCCUUGAAGUAUCUUGGCUUUCUGCUAAGGGCUUCUUACAAGGCAAAGUCUAUUUGGGAUGUCAUUGUGGAAAAGAUGGAGCGUCGGUUGGCCAGUUGGAAACGGAUGUAUCUUUCCAAAGGCGGUAGGGUCACUCUUAUUAAGAGCACACUUUCCAACCUACCUGAGUACUGUUUGUCCCUUUUCCCCAUCCUUGCUAAUGUAAAUGGUUGUGGUGCUUUGGUAUUGAGAGAGAUGCUUAGUGGAGAAUUGUGGUGGAUUCCAAAUUUGGCUGUUUACGGGGUGGAUGGUGCUCCCACGUUCCCAUAG